CUGCCUCUUCCAUUUAUUCCCAACAUCGCCAUGCCUUUCGGUCGCAAGUCAACAACAUCGAAGAAGAAAAGCCUCAAUUCCGAUGAUUUGCCCAGGGCGCCUAGCUCGAAGACCGAUACGCCCGCAAAGAUGAGGGAUGUAAGCAACUCGAGCGCGAUCGAUGACGGAACGAGCUCGACAGGCAAACACAAGAGGAGGCAUACAUUGCUGGGCUCCAAAGGACGAAAAAAGCUUUCGUCUUUGUUCUCUUCAUCUUCGUCUCUCUCCUCUUAUACGGAGCGCGAAGGAACUGCAUCCCCUAAGCAUGGCCGAUCCAAGCUCAACGUAUCAUCGACUUCUUCGGGUACUUCGACACCUUCCCGGUCCACUCAGCUUAGUGAUGCCACAAAUGCUCAGAAAGCUCUCAACCAGCUAAGCAUUGGAACCGCUGGUAAUCAGAUGACGGAGUCUCCGGAAUCAUCGCCAACUGUCACAACAGAUGGAGCAGCAAGGCGUCAGCGACGUGACAGCUUGUGGUCGCAGUGGGAGCUGGAGGGGGCAGGUGAAUCGUCCGAUGAAGACGAUGCGUUCCUCACGCCUUCCGAGGGCCUCAGCGAAGUAGAGGAGGAGGACGAACAAGAGAACGAGCCUCCUACCGCUCCCAAAAGGACAAGUCAGCCUUCAGACGAAGCUGCUGUUGUUGAUGCUGCAUCUUCAACCCCUGACCAUCUAUCCUCUUCCACGGAUGUCAAGGUAGAGCCUACAAACGUUGCCAAGGGUUCAGUUACUUCUAGUGGUGAUAUUGCCGGAACAGGAACUUCAACUAUCCAUAGAAGCCUUCCAUCAACUGCCGAGACAAAAGUCAAGCGACACAUGUCUCAUAACCGUCCUAGCGCAACUACUGUCGACCAGGCUGCAGUAUUAGGUGAUGACAUCGAGACAUGUCGAGAGGCUAUUCGCCUAUUUUUGACCAGCCGAAUGAAGGAGGCUGAAGAGUUUUGCGAGGAAAGCGAGUCAGAAGGCCACCACCUCUAUUUGCAAAGCGCAAUGGGUAUCAUUGAAGCGCUCAAAGGCAUGAUGACUUUCGACUCUGUUGACUUGCACAACGCUCUCGAAAUCUGCAAAUCGACUGCGGUUACGGCGUCGUCUCUCCGUCGACCUUCUGACAACGUUUUCUCCCGUCUAGGAGGUAUGGUGAAAUCUCAUGGAGGUUUGGCCAGGGUGAAAGCCAUGACACCACUGGAGAGGCAUGCGGAGUUAGUCUAUGCGGAGCAAUCGUUAAUGAAGGCAAUGUUGGCCAUUAUCAGCGGAGGUGACUGGAUCGGACUGGUCAGAGAGGCCUUCAAUAUGCGCACUGCUCAUGGUAUCUAUCGAAAUUUGCAGCAUUUCUUGGAGGAUGCAGAUAAGCAUGGCUAUGACGAUGACAUUGACAUGGACUUCCGAUCUGGUGUUCUUCUUGGUACUGGCACAUCAUCUCUUAUGCUAUCUCUUCUACCUGGCAAGGUUCUGAAGAUUGCCGAAGUCUUUGGCUACGCCGGAGACCGAAAAGUCGCUCUGGCAACGCUCAUGGCUGCCGGUGGUUGGUCUCACGACUCACCGGAGCCUACUUUCAACGAGAAGAACGAGGGAUUGAGGAGGCCCGUUUGUGAUCUGAUCUUGUUGGCCUUCCACUUGGUGAUUUCUGUCCUAAUUCCCAUUACCGGCGUAGACGUUCCCCUAGCAAAGAACGUCUUGGCGUACAACAUGAGGCGAUACCCUAACGGUGUUUUCUUCCUGUACUUCCAAGCUCGACUCCACACUACACAAUGCCAACCUGCAGAAGCCAACGAUUCCCUUCAGCGAGCUUUAGAUCUCAAGCUGGAAUAUAUUCAGUUGCAACACAUGUGCUUGUGGGAUUACGCUUGUAAUUAUAUGAUGCUGGGUAAAUGGAAAGGCGCUCUGGACUGUUUCUCAAUUCUCAAAGACGAGUCUAAUUGGAGUCGAGCCGUAUACACAUACGCCGCUGCUGCUUGCAUCGUUGAAUUGGUCGAGGAUGGCGACCAGGAUGCCAAAAUGUCGGAAGCCGAUAGGUUGAUGCAGCAGAUACCAAAGUUGACUAAAAAAAUUGCUGGCAAGUCAUUGCCAAUUGAGAAAUUUGCCUCUCGAAAGGCCCGAAAAUUCUCAUCGCAAUCUUCUCGCCUUUUCCUUCCUGCUCUAGAGCUGGCCUACGUCUUUGGAUCAUUAUCAAAUACCCCUCGAAGGAGUCUUCUCGAUAUCCAUGUACCUAGGUUGAAUGAAAUGAUGAAGAAGUUGGAGAAUGGUGAAGAGAAUUACGGCAAUGGCACUGGCAAAGAGUACUGGGAUGACUAUGUCCUAGCACACUUCCUUCGCGGCAUGUGUCAAUUCAUCGCGCGAUACCAACCUGUGGAUGCCGAGCCUUCAACUCUAGUGGUACUCCCAACGGACCCGUCGGACCCCGAUCUCGAUCAAGCAGCCGAAAAAGAUUUCCAAGCAGUCAUCAGGCAUACUCCUGAUGUCCAGCUCGAUCACUGGAUCUUAUAUCAUUGUUAUUAUGAGUUGGGUAGACUGUAUGCGAGAAGAGGGGAUGAUGAUCAGGCAAAGUAUCACUUUGAAGUGGUUAUGUCUGGAAAAUUGCCGGAUCACAAUGCAUACAUGGCUAAAGCGGCGGGCAAAUACUCUCUCGAAGGUGCUUUACUUCUCAAAACACAUGCGGCCUUAUCUGCUGUAAAAGAACGAGAGAAAGAAAGUUCCGGUAAAAGGUAGUAGUUGUUUAGAGGGAGGUUUCAUGGGAUGGUCCGGUAAAGCGAAAGGGCCAGAUGUUGAGGAAUACGGUAGUGUAUAAUGUCUGCAAUCUUGAUACCAAUCUUUAGCGUCGUGCAUACCGACGUGAGAUGAUCUUU